ACCCCUAAGGGGAAAAAAAGGGCGGGUCCCGGCACGGACGCCCCCGAGCCGCCCGGUUUUGAGUGGGGGGCAAUUGUGGGAAUCGCCCGAAUUGUUGGGGGUUUGUUGUUUUGGGAAGGAGGGGGCUGUUUUCCAAGCGGGAAAUGGAGCUGGGGGUGGGGGGGUGGACAGGGUGGAUUUGGGGGGAGUAAGGACAGGGGGCUCCCCCAAACUUCCCCCCCCCGCCUUCCUGCUUUGUGUAACUGCAGCGACGCGUUUCCUGCCCCCCCGGGAAUUAAAAAUGGUUGGAAUUACGCAACGAGGGCGGAGGGCUCGGCAGCGGCAUCCAGGGAUUCCGGGAACGCUGGGAUCGGGGCUUCAGGGUGUCCCCUGCGCCCCUCUCCCCCAAAUCCCUGAUUGACCCCCCCCCCCAGGGGUUUUAUUGGGGCGUUUCCUGCCCUCCCCCCGCCCCCGGGAAUCAAAAAUGGUUGGAAUUACACAAUGGGGGGUCCCGAGAUAGCGGGACUGGGGGGUAGCAGGACCGGGGUUUUUAAGGUGGCCCCUGUGCCCCGCCAGAUUCCCCCCUCACGAGGGCCUGGGGGUGCAUUUCUGCCCCCCCCCCCCUCCCCCAUCCCUUCAAUUAAAAAUGGUUGGAAUUACACGACGAGGCCAGAGGGUUACACAGUGGCAUGGAGGAAUUUUGGGAUCAGGCUCUCACGUGUGGAGAUAUCAAAGGCAGCUCCUCACCCCGGUCCUGCCAUGGACUGGUUCCACUGCGCUCGCUGCUUCCGCCAGGAUGGCACCCAGUUCACCAUCACCAGCUGUGGCCACAUCCUGUGUGAGGGCUGUGGGGGCACAGGUCCCUGCCCAGUCUGUGCCACCGCCUGUCGCUACCUGCCGCUAUCCCAGCAGAUGCGCCCGGAGGUGAAGGUUUUCUUCAAGAACCCAGUGGCCAUCGCCCUCAAGCACCUUGCCCACGUGAUGCAGGUAUGGCAGUUCCAGAAGGCACAGGCACAGCUGCUGGUGGACUUACACCGGGACAAAUCUCAGCAGAUGCAGGCGGAGCUGGAGAAGGCCAGAGAGGAGCUGAGGGAGACGAGGAGGGAGCUGGAGUCACUCCGCCAGGAGAAUGCAGAGCUGCGCCGCAUUCAGGUGACCCCCAAAGUCCUCCUUUCCCUUCCCUGGCCCCCAAAAAUGCCCCCCAAAGUCCCUCUGCCCCUUCCCUCACCCCCAGACUAUCCCCCCCAAACUUCCCUCCCUGCCAAAACUGCCCUCCAGAUCUCCCCACAGCUGUCCCCGGGAUGGCGCUGGAGCAGCCGCAGCAGCACCCCCCGUCCCUCCCCCACACAGUCAGUCACCCCCCAGCCCCGCCGGCAGCUCAGCAGCCAAGUGGUCAGCCGCUUAGCCCCACUGGAACCCCCCCGGUCCCACAGCACCCCAGGAUGGCAGGCUGGUGUAGCCUACCGAGAUUCAAGGACCCCUCUGGCCUCCAACGUAGGGCUCUGCUCUGAGGCCGGCGAGGGGCGGGCGCUCCCAGUGGGACAGCAAUCCACGACCAUAAAGGACAAACAGAGACCUUUGAAGGGAUCCAAGGCUCCUGGACAGGAGCUCCGGGAGAUCCCUGGAGGUGGCUGGGCGCAGGAGAAAUAAAAAUUAAUUUUAAAAAUGCCAA